AUGCCGAACGACGAUGACAGGCGCAAGUGCGCGCCCGACCCCACCGCCGCGCGCGAGGUCGUCGUCGAGGACGGCUUCAAGUACAAAAAGCGCAAGUCCGCGGCUCCCGGGGCGGCGGCGGCGGCGCCCGCGCCCGCGCCCGCGGCCGCGCCCGCGGGCGGGGUGAUCCACGCGUCCGCGGUGGCCGCCGCGGGCGGCGGCCCCGUCGGACCUGGACCGGCGCCGACGCCCGCCGACGACCUCCCCGACGAUUACCCGGGCUUCCACAUCCACGAUAAGAUCCCGACGGACCUCCCGGAAGACGAGCGGUUCCAGAUGCUCAUAGAGGAGAUCUGCGAGAUGCAGUGCAAGGAAGAGAAAGCGAGGCUGAUCGCGGAGCACGGCGCGGAGCUCGGGACGAAGAUCGCGAAGCAGCUCGAGGGCGCGUUGUCCGAGUUUCAGCUCAAGGUGGAGGAGAUGGUCGUCAGGGGUGACAUCAAGUUCGGGCCCGGCGGCGACGGCGACGGCGACGGCGACGGCGACGGCGUCGGCGACGCGCUGCUCGACGUCAGAGACGCGAAGGAGGAGGCGAUGACCGCGGUGAUGACGCAACUCGAAAACGAGCUCGAGCAGUGGAACGAGAUCGAGAAGCAGGUCGCCGAGGAGGGAUCGGGGCCGUCGGAGGCGGAGGAAGCGCUCGCGAAAGUAGACGCGGAGGAGGCUAUGAACGCGGUGAAGGUGUUGAUGGAAGCGGAGGCGGCGGCGACCGCGGCGGGAACGGCGGGCGAGGGCGAGGCGGUGGUGAUCCCCGGUCAUUUGAGAGAGGCGGUGGAGGAGGCGAAGAGGAAGCUCGGGAUGCAGGCGGAGGGACUCACCGCGUUGUGCGACGGCGUCGAGGCGCUGUGCGUCCGCGCGGAGCGCGCGUGCGAGGUGUUCUCCGGCGCGCUCGCGGAGAACGACUUUAAAGGGUUGCCGCACGUGAACUCGCCGCAUAACUUGAUCAAGAGCUUGGUCGCGUCGAAGAAGGCGGAGAAGGAUGAGGGGAAGUGACGACGGCGACGAGCGGCGGCGGCGGCGUUCUCCUACGGUGUGAAUAUCUCGAAAAACCAAAACAAAAG